CGAGUGUAGAAGCCGCCAAGCUGCAGCAGGUAGGAGCCGGCCGGACUCUCCAGAGCCAGCGUUACCCGAAGUCUUGCCGGGGCAGCUCGCCGCCUGCUCCGUGUCCCAGGUACCAGCUCUGCUUGUUGACAGGACUGCGAAGCCUGGGGCGACUCCAGCAAAGUGCCUAGUAAUUUAUCUGGGGACAGGUGGAGCUGGGGGGCUCUCUUCCCUGUAACUGGAGCUGGGGGACCUCCCUAUGGAGCCUGCCUGGGGGGUAGCUGUAGAUUUCCCUACGUAAGCUGUACUGGCGGGUGGGGAGCAAGGGGCGGUGGACUUUUUUCCCCCCUCCCUUUCUUUUCCUCCCCCCCCCCCUUCGGGGGAGCGAAAGGUGGCGGCUUCUUUUCCCACUUCUUGUAAUCUGCAAUCCCGCGGGGUGGGGCAACUGUCCGACGGCCGCUCCGUACCACCACCAAUGCAACUGGCCCUUCCCGAGGACGGAGCGGCACUCCUCACGCGAAGAGCAGAGCGGUGUGAUUCCGUUCCUCGGGGCGGCGACCCUACCUUCACCAGCAGUAUUAUAUCUACCGAGCCAUGGGUGGGGGUCCAUGGCAACCUAUGGGGGAGAGCGAAUUCCCCGUUCACUUGGGUCAUGGGGUUUUUCUUGUUUGUGUUAGCAAAGGAGACAUAUCCCUUGGGUAGUUUGAUUGCUUGGAAUUGGAGGGGAACAGCCAACAGAAAUCAUGCCAAGCAAGAGGACCAAAAUCUCCACUGCAGUCCUUCAAAAAGGCAAAGAGCCCUUGGAGGAAUCCAACGGUGAUAUGGAAGUGGAAAAAGAAGCCGACACGUGCAUCAGUGAAGCAUCUCAGCAACCAGCCUCAAAUGGGGUACUUGAUGAUCGAAGUUUAGAAGAGAUUUUGAGUAGCAUCUCUCCUCCCCCACCUCCAGCAAUGACCAAUGAAGCUGGAGCUCCUCGCCUCAUGAUAACUCAUAUUGUAAACCAGAACUUCAAAUCCUACGCAGGGGAGCAAAUUCUGGGACCUUUUCAUAAGCGUUUUUCUUGUAUUAUUGGACCAAAUGGCAGUGGAAAAUCCAAUGUCAUUGAUUCAAUGCUUUUUGUAUUUGGGUAUCGGGCACAAAAAAUCAGAUCCAAAAAGCUUUCUGUGCUGAUCCAUAAUUCUGAUGAACACAAGAACAUCCAGAGUUGUACUGUGGAAGUUCACUUUCAAAAGAUCGUUGACAAGGAAGGGGAUGAUUAUGAAGUCAUUCCCAACAGCAAUUUCUGUGUAUCUAGAACUGCCUACAGAGAUAAUUCUUCUGUCUACCACAUCAGUGGGAAGAAGAAAACAUUCAAAGACGUUGGUAUUCUGCUUCGAAGCCAUGGAAUUGACCUGGACCAUAAUAGAUUUUUAAUUUUACAGGGAGAAGUUGAACAGAUUGCAAUGAUGAAACCAAAAGGCCAGAAUGAACAUGAUGAAGGUAUGCUUGAAUACUUAGAAGACCUAAUAGGAUCGGGACGGUUAAAAGAUCCCAUUCAAGUUCUGUGUCGCAGAGUUGAGAUGUUAAAUGAACAGAGAGGAGAGAAGUAUCUGUCUUUGGAGAUGAGGAGAACGAAACUGCACACAGUAUUCCAGUUAAACAGAGUUAAAAUGGUGGAGAAAGAAAAAGAUGCUUUAGAAGGAGAGAGAAACAAAGCCAUUGAAUUUCUUUCUUUGGAAAACAAAAUGUUUAAGGAAAAGAAUCGUAUUUGCCAAUACUACAUUUAUGACCUACAGAAUCGGAUAACUGAAAUGGAAAGCCAAAAGAAAAAAAUUCAUGAAGACACUAAAAAUAUUAACACAAAGAAUAGUAAACUUGCUGAUGAAAUGAAAGUUAAGAAUAAAGCUUUGAAAGAUGUAGAAAAAAAACUCAAUAAAAUUACAAAGUUCAUAGAGGAAAACAAAGAGAAAUUUACUCAGCUGGAUUUGCACGAUGUGACAGUGAGGGAAAAACUAAAACAUGCCAAAAGCAAAGCUAAAAAACUUCUGAAGCAGCUUGAAAAGGAUAAAGAAAAGGUUCAACAAUUUAAAAGUGUACCUGGCAACAGUGUGACAACUAUCAGUGAAGCAUCAUCUAAGAAAGAAGUUCUUGAAAAGGAAAAGGAGCAAGAAGAAGAAAAAUUAAAAGAAGUUAUGGAUAGCCUUAAACAGGAAACACAAGGACUUCAGAAACAGAAAGAGGGCAAAGAAAAAGAACUUAUGGAGUUCAGCAAAACAGUGAAUGAAGCACGUUCUAAGAUGGAUGUAGCCCAAUCGGAACUUGAUAUCUACCUCAGCCAUCAUAAUACAGCAGUAUCUCAGUUAAAUAAAGCAAAAGAGGCUCUAAAGACAGCUUCAGGAACCCUUAAGGAAAGGAUAGCUGGUAUCAAAGAGCUAGAUACAAAACUACCUCAAGCUGAACAGGAACUAAAGCAGAAAGAGAAUGAGCUUGAGAAACUUGGAAGAGAGGAAAUGGACACUAAGAACCUUGUUCGAGAGUUACGUCAGAAGGUAGAAGAAGCAAAAAGUUCUUUGGCAAUAAAUCGCAGUCGAGGAAAGGUUCUUGAUGGUCUACUUCAGCAGAAGAAAUCUGGAAAAAUUCCUGGAAUAUAUGGAAGACUGGGAGACUUAGGAGCUAUUGAUGAAAAGUAUGACGUUGCUAUCUCGUCAUCUUGCGGUGCCUUAGACUACAUUGUUGUAGAUACAAUUGAUACAGCUCAGGAAUGUGUGAACUUCUUGAAGAGUCAAGGAAUUGGAGUUGCCACAUUUAUAGCCUUGGACAAAAUGAGAGUAUGGGGAAAAAGUAUGAAUAAAAUUCAGACUCCAGAAAACACUCCUCGUCUCUUUGAUAUGGUGAAAGUAAAAGAUGAGAAGAUUCGCCAUGCCUUUUACUUUGCAUUACGUGAUACUCUAGUAGCCAAUAACUUGGAUCAGGCUAUCAGAGUAGCAUUCCAAAAGGACACAAGAUGGAGAGUUGUAACUUUGCAAGGACAGAUAGUAGAACAAUCAGGAACAAUGAGUGGAGGUGGACGUAACAUAAUGAAGGGUAGAAUGGGAUCCUCCGUUGUGGUUGAAAUUUCAGAAGAAGAGGCCAAUAAAAUGGAAUCUCAACUGCAAAAGGAUUCCAUAAAAGCAAUGCAGUAUCAAGAAGAGAAAGUGCAACUUGAAGAAGCCAUAGUAAAAUUGCGUCUGUGUGUCCAGGAAAUGAGAAACACUUUAGAAAAGUAUACUGCGAGUAUCCAGAGUUUAUCAGAACAAGAAGCUCAUUUGAAAGUCCAGGUUAAAGAACUUGAGGCUAAUGUAAUUGCUGCUGCUCCUGACAAGAACAAACAGAAACAGCUAGAAAAAACCCUUAAUACUUUCAAAAAAGAUUAUGAGAGUGUUGCUGAAAAGGCUAGUAAAGUGGAAAGUGAAGUUAAAAGAUUACAUAAUCUCAUAAUUGAGAUCAAUAAUCAUAAACUUAAAGCUCAGCAAGACAAACUUGAUAAGAUAAAUAAGGAAAUAGAUGAAUGUGCUUCUGCUAUUACUAAAGCCCAGGUGGCAAUCAAGACUGCAGACAGAAAUCUGAAAAAGUCAGAAGAAUCUGUUCUUCGCACUGAGAAGGAAAUUGGAGAUAAUGAAAAGGAAAUGAAAGAUCUAACAGAAGAGUUAACAACAUUGGAAGAGAAAGCUACUGAAGUUAUGAAUAACUGCAAACAAGCUGAAGAGUCAUUACCAGAGGUUCAGGAGGAGCAUCGCAAUUUACUUCAAGAAAUGAAAGCAAUUCAAGAAGAUGAACAUGCUCUUCAAAAAGAGGCUCUUAAUAUUAGACUUAAAAUUGAACAAAUAGACAGUCAUAUUGGUGAGCAUCAAUCAAAGAUUAAAUAUUGGCAAAGAGAGAUAUCAAAAAUAUCACUGCAUCCCAUAGAAGAUAAACUAGUUGAAGAGCUUUCAGUACUAAACCAAGAGGAACUUGAAGCAAUUAAAGAUCCAGACAUUCUAACUAAUCAAAUAGCUCUUUUAGAAGCCCAGUGUCAUGAAAUGAAACCAAACCUUGGUGCCAUUGCAGAAUAUAAUAAAAAGGAAGAACUGUAUUUGAAGCGUGUGGCAGAGUUGGAUGAAAUUACCAGUGAGAGAGACAACUUUAGACAGGCUUAUGAAGACCUUAGAAAACAAAGGCUUAAUGAGUUUAUGGCAGGAUUUAAUGUAAUAACCAGUAAACUAAAGGAAAAUUACCAAAUGCUUACCUUGGGAGGAGAUGCUGAAUUAGAGCUUGUAGACAGUCUGGAUCCUUUCUCUGAAGGAAUCAUGUUCAGUGUACGGCCACCAAAGAAAAGCUGGAAGAAGAUAUUUAAUCUAUCAGGGGGAGAGAAGACUCUUAGUUCACUAGCUUUGGUUUUUGCACUUCAUCAUUAUAAGCCAACUCCCCUUUACUUCAUGGAUGAGAUUGAUGCAGCCCUUGACUUUAAAAAUGUAUCAAUUGUAGCAUUUUAUAUAUAUGAGCAAACAAAAAAUGCACAGUUUAUCAUCAUCUCUCUGCGAAAUAACAUGUUUGAAAUUGCAGAUAGAUUAAUUGGAAUUUAUAAGACUCACAAUACAACAAAAAGUGUUGCAACAAACCCAAAAGUUAUUGCUUCUAAAGGACUUGCUGAACUUGGUUCUGUUGGAUGCUGCUGAAUGUGUAAAUUCUGUUAAGUGAAAUCUUAUUACUAAUAUGUAUUUUCAUUGCAUUUCUGUUGCUCAUCUAUUAGCUUGAUUGUGUUUUGUGAUUCAUUCAUAGUUCCAUAAAGUUUUGUAAAUAUCUUAGCUUUCAUUAUUUGAGCUUCUUGGCUUCCUAAUAAUUUUCUGUUGAUUGGCUACACUUAAUUUUUAUAGAUAUCUUAAUUUAUAUCACUUUGAGCAUAACAGAACUGUUUCCAAAAGUGUGUAUCUAGUUGCAUUUUAAUUCUGUAGGCCAUAUAUCAAUGUUUGGGUUCUACCUGUAGAUUUUUAAACCGCUUUUUACUGAGUAUUUUAUUAAAAUAAAAGUUAACUAACUCAA